UAUAUAUAUUCAAAUUCAAUAUUUAUACUUAGAUAAAGUAUUUGCGUAAAAUUAAUGACAACGGAACAACACUGUGUGAUUGUUAAUAUUAAUAAAGUGUUCGUUUAAUUAGUAAACAAUUAAAGCAAUACUAAGUAUCGAGAGAGCAAAGUUACUUGAAUUUUAUUGUAUUUGGCAUAAAUUCCAGGAUGGUCAAGUAUAUGGAGAUAUCGAUAGCUACUAUACUUCUAUUUAUAGUAAUAGACAGAAUCGGGCCAGUGGACGGUUUAAAAUGUUACAACUGUGACACGAGAAAGCCCGAUCACCGUGCUGUAUGUGGGGAACACUUCAAAUUGACGAAAUCAAACACGAGCUUUCUAUUGGACAACUGUGAAUAUUGCAGUAAAUAUCAUUUUACAAACACUGGAGAUGUCAUCCGCAACUGUACGUUAAAGAAGGAAAAAAGUUUUACGUUUAAGUUUGGCUGCGAAAACAAGGAGGUAGGCGGUGAAACCGUGAAAAUCUGUGCUUGUGAGGAUGAGUUAUGUAAUGGCGCCAGAUCGCAUUUGACGACGAUGAUACUUGUUUAUUUGCUUGUUUUUCUUGUCAUAUUCAUUUGUCAUUUCUAACUUUGACGUUUUCAUGUUCAUGUAUUUGAUUGAUAUUGUUAAGUUGCAGUGGCUUACAAAUGACUCCUUAGAUCAAAUAUUUAACAAUUCUAAGAAAGUUUUACAAGAUUUAUUUAUGCUUGGACUGAACAACAUUUUGACUACCGUGAGAGAGUGCAAGGAUAUUUGGUUAUCUAUGGUAUUUCAAGGAGAACACUAUAUAUUUUUUUUUUCAUUUUAAAACUUCUUUUCAAUAGAUCAUGUAUAAAUACGAAUGUAUCGUAAAAAUUGAUAUGAAAAAAUAACCGCUAGUGUAAUGAAUAGAUGAGAUAGUA